AAUACUUUAAUGCUUGUAAUUACCUUUUAUUUAUAAAUUUUAAUGCAUUUAUUAUUCUUAAGUACUUUUUUGAGAAUUUAAGUUAAAUAUAAAACCUAUUAUUUUUGUUAAUCAAAAUGGAUGGUGAAAAUGACGAAGAAGUAGUACAAAGUUGGAUUAUAGAUAAGCUCUCCGCAGUCGAUUGUCAAGCGGAUAGCGAUGUUUUAGCCAAGUAUAUUAUAGCUUUGUUGACUUCUCAGCCAGGGAAAUCCGAAGCUGAAUUAAGAAAACUCUGUGAGGAUGAACUUUAUAUAUUUCUAAGUGAAGACACACAGACAAUAGUUUCGGAUUUAUUUACCUAUUUGGCAAAACGUAGUGAAAAGAAGGUCAUCGCUAAUAAUAUUAAGCAAGACACUGCUAAAUCUGUCCAAAGUACUAGCGAUUUUUCAAUACAAAGCCUUGUCCCUGAUGACUCCUCAGUUUUAAGUCCAAACGGCGAUGAUGACUUUACACAAGGACAAGCGGGGUUUCCAAGUGGGGGUGUUGAAGGGGAACACGUUGUUUAUAAAAAUAAGGAUAGAAGUCGACUUAAAGAUUUAGAGAAAGCAAAAACUAGAGAGCAUAUUCGGUAUGCCCACAGAGAUAAAAAUAAAGAGAGAUACAUGUACCGUGAUAGUGAAAGACUAAGGAGUGCCAGCCGUUACAGGGAGCGCCAAAGAGGAGAACUUUCGCCGAGCCAGUCUAUUUUACUAACUAAUUUCUCUUCCAAACGACGUCACGUGGCGCGGCCUUGUCGUGAUUACGAAGAGCAGGGUUAUUGUAUAGAAGGAGACAGGUGUGCCUAUGAUCACGGCGAAAACCCGGUGGUUGUGAAUGCCGACACACACUCCGUACCCGAAGUGGUUCAAAAACUACCUCCGGCGAUUGCUAACCGUCUCCCCCCAGCACUUGCUUCCCGCUUGAGUGCCCAGCCGCCCAGCAGCUUUGAUGACGAGUACAAGCCAGAAUCUGUGCUCCCCCAGGAUCUUGCUCGGGAACUUAAUAAUAACUACAGAAGCCAGGCUCCUUUGGCUCCAGAUGGGCGCAGCGGAUCGACUGCGAACCACCACGCCGCUCCCAAAAGAUUUGUGUCUCAAGAUGGCAAGCGCUAUACGGCUAUAUUGGAAUUGUCGAACGUCCCUGUUGAGUUUAAUACGCUGGACAGGAUAAUGAACCAUUUUAAGAAGUUUGGCCCCAUUCUGAAUAUUCACGUUCGCUACAAAAACAACCCACAAGUUGCCCGAGUCCAGUUCAAGCAUUCCCUGGACGCCAAGGCUGCCUAUUCGUCCCCGGAGGCCCCCUUCGGCAAUAGAUUUAUCAAGAUUUACUACGCACCCGUGGACGACAGCGGUGGUAGCGCUGUGCCCUUAAAAACAGGAGGAGCCACAUCUUCGCCUGAGGCAGCCUUUCAUCCGCCCCAGCAACGCGCUCAUGACGUCGUAAAAAAACUGCUUUCGAGCGACCACGGGCGUCGGGCUUCGCUGCGGUACAAGCGGAGGGUUGAGGAGGAAAAGUGCAGGGCAGACGCAUUGAGGCAGUUGCAGGAGAUGCAGAAGGCCAAGCAACACUUAGUCAGCGAGAAUAUGAAGCAACAGGAGCUUAUCCUUGAAAAACUCCAGCAGAAAGGCAUAACAACUGCAGUCAAAAAAGAGUUAUUAGAAGCUCUUCAGCAGCUUCAGCUGGCCAUACAGUCAAUUAAGCCUGCGAUGCCGAAGGUGACCCUUUCUAAGAAAGAGCUCACGCGGAUCCAGCUCGAUAGACAACUGGAGGCCCUCUCGCAGGAGAGAGAACUGGCUCGGUCCAAGCAGGAGUCGACCCGCGUGCUGGAGGAGAAACUGGAUGAUAUGAAGAAGGAGGCUAUUUUUCUUGGUUUGCUCAAUAAUGGUGAAGGCCGCAUCUCGAGCAUAGCGGGGGCAGCGACGUACUCCAUCGAUGACACUGACCUUAACUUUGACCUUGACGAAGACGACGAGCCAGUAGAGCUGACCGAGUAACGGUCCGUGAGAUUGCUUCCUGCUAAACUGCCUUCCUGUUGUUAACAAAGUCUUAUCGCGGUAUAAUAAAAAAUGUGAAAUUCGUUUUA